AUGAAUUUGAAAAACACUGAGUCCACUGCUUCUACAUUACUUUUGACUGAAAUUUCCUCUCAAAAUGAAGACAAAAUACAGCAAAGGAAAUUUUAUAACUGUACCCAAUCAAGAAAUAGAAAACUUAGCGAUAAGAUACUGAUAAGUGCCAAGUUCAAGAUAAAUUUAAAAGAGAGAACAAAAAUUGCUAGGAGUCUAUCCAGAGAAACGCCGAAAUUUCCUCAUCCAAAAGGAAAGGUGAAGUUAUCCCCCAGCCUGCUUGUUAAAAAGAAAGUUUGGAGGCCAACCCCUAUCAAACUAAACUUCCCAAAGAAUGUUAACAGCAAUAUUAAAGGUCAUAGCAGAAAUACAAGAGUCAAUACUAGCUUCGAGAAGUUCAUCACUCAUGAUCAUGUUUCUGCUCUAAAAGAGAUUAAUGAGUCGCUUAACAGCUAUACAGACUGUCCUACACUUGAAAAUAGAGCCACAGGUAGGUUUACAAGCCCAAUUUUAUGAUAA